CAAUGCAGAGUUGAUAGAGGAGGUUAAACAGACUUUACAUAGCUCUUUCAAGGUGAAGGACUUAGGAGAACUUCGUUAUUUCCUUAGAAUAGAAGUUCUGAGAUCAAAGGAAGGGAUACUGCUCACACAAAGAAAGUAUUCUUUGCAAUUGAUCUCAGAAGCUGGCCUUGCAGCAGUCAAACCAAUCUCUACUCCCAUUGAACUUAAUCAGAAAUUGACUACAAUUGACUAUGACAAGCAUGUAGGUGUCAAAGGGUAUGAGGAACUGGCAGACAUUGGAAGCUAUCAAAGACUUAUUGGGAAGCUACUCUACUUAACCAUCACUAGACCAGACCUCAGCUUUGCAGUUCAAGUGCUUAGCCAAUUCAUGCAACACCUCAAACAAUCCCAUUGGAAUGCAGCAUUACGUGUAGUCAGAUAUGUGAAAUCAGCUCCUAGGCUUGGAAUUUUGUUAAGUGCUGGUCCUAUCGAAAACAUAUCAGCUUAUUGUAAUUCUAACUGGGCCUCCUGCCCAAAUACCAGAAGAUCAAUCAUAGGAUACAUCAUCAAAUUGGGGAAUUCACUGCUUUCCUAG